AGCGUAUAUGAUAACACAGGUUUACUCUGCUUCGUUCUACAUCCACCCUACAUAGUGAAACAUUGUAUCAAUAAUGCAAAAUUUGAAGAUGUCCUGGCAAUCAGAUGAUUUGAACAUGAAAGAAAGAUUGUCACACCUUAUGACAUCUAGACAAAUGACUGACGUCACUUUAAUUAUUGGCCAAGAAAAAGAAUAUUUUCCGACUCGCUCUUUGCUUCUCUCUAUACACAGUGAGGUGUUUCAUGCAAUGUUCUAUGGUCCAUUGGCGGAGAAGAGAAAAAAUGUUACCUUGCCUGAUGAUGAUGCUAAAGCAUUUCGUGUUUUCAUAAAAUAUAUUUAUACAGAAGAAGUGGCAUUACAUUCAGUAGAUGAAGCCAUUCGUUCGUUACAUUUUGCAGAAAAAUACAUGGUAACGCGUAUGAAGAACCAAUGUUUAUCACAUCUUACAAAUCAUAUAUGGCCAGAUACUGUUCUCGAAAUAUACGAAGCAGCAUCCCAACUUCAACAAAAUGAAUUAACAAUGGAAUGUUGGAUGUACAUAACUGACAACAUGUCAGAAAUUAUUAAGCGAGAUAGCAUUAAAAAUGUGAAAUAUGAAACUAUUUUAAAACUUGUAUCCGUAGAUUGUUUAGUGUUGAAAUCGGAAGUAGAUAUGUAUGACGCCGUCAUAAAGUGGGGUAAAGAAAGAUUCCAAGAUCAAUCUCCUGAGGAUCUUCGAAAAAAAUUAGAGCCUUUGCUGGAUCAGAUCAGAUUUUUAAGCAUGACUCCUGCAGAGUUUGCUGAAUCACCGUGUCAAGAUGGCAUCCUUACUAAGGAUGAACAGGUCGACAUAUUUAGAGAAAUUGCAACCAAAAAGAAUUAUGAAAAUAACAAUAUACGUGAUCAAUGGAGAAAGCCAAGACAGAUAAUUGCUACAUUAAAAAUGUGUACACCAAGAAAUGAAUACAAUCGAUAUAUGAGGUACCCGUAUGUUGAAUGGGAGGCAGAGGGGCUGGAAGCAUUGUACUGAACGGUGUACAUAGGGAAAGGUUGUAGUCACUGACAGCCUUUGACUUUCCUCUGUUAAACGAAUACGAAGAAACAUUGCGUUUAAUGGUUUCCAGAUGUUGAGAGCAAUGCACGGUAAGAACAAACUGUGAGCCUGUGAGGUUCAUAAAAAAGUUUUCCUAAGAAUAUUUCCAAGCCUUUCUCACACAAGAGAAAAUGGAUUACGGGGCUUUGGGAUAUAGUUGGGUAUAACUUUAUGGAACGAAGGAGAUAGAAAAAGUUAGGUAAUCACUAAUAAAGAUGAUCAAUCGUGGAAGCCAAGAAAGAUAAUUCCAUACUGUUAAUAAUGUUAAUCGAACAGUGGCGUGCCAUCCAUGGAAGCUGUGGAAGCGCCACUUCCCUUAUAUUUUCUAAAAUAUAAUAAAUAGAU